UGAAUGCCACUGCUUUUAACCCUAGCCUCGAUGAAUGUUAGAACUUUAUAUAAAUACAACAAAUACUGGCUAUUUUGUCAAACCGCAAUUCUUACAUUUUUUUCAGGACUGAAGUUGGAAUCUCCAUGGAGAAACAUGGACUGGACAGAAGAGCGAAAGACAAGCUUGAUGGAGACAAUCACCUCCUACAGACGGAGCUGUGAGGAGGUGCCUCAGGCCCGGGUUCUCCUCCUGGGCCCGGUCAGUUCUGGAAAGUCGAGCUUCAUCAGUUCAGUCCAGUCUGUGUUUAACGGAAGAGUCACCAACCGGGCCAUGGUGGGCUCCUUCUCAUCCGGUUUUACCAAAAAGCUGCAGUCCUUCAACAUUCGGGGUAAGAAGGGUGAGGAUCAUACUGGGCUGGUGCUGUGUGAUACCAUGGGUAUGAGUGAAGACGGGAUGACCGGACUGACUCUUCAUGACAUCCUGUCAGUCGUUAAAGGCCAUGUUCCUGAAGGACACAAGUUUAGCCCAGACCAGCCAGUCUCCGCCUCAGAAACUGUGGGCUAUGUGAAGAGGCCGAGCCUUAAAGACAAAGUCCACUGUGUUGCCUUUGUGGUGGACGCCUCAAAAAUCACAACUUACCCCAAAGGCCUGAGCACCACAUUUAAACAGCUCAGAAAGCACAUCAGUGACCUGGGUGUUCACCAGGUGGCGCUGCUCACCCACGUGGACCAAGUUUGUUUGCAAACAGCCAAAGAUGUCACUGGUGUUUAUGAGAGCCGCACAAUUCAGGAUGUGAUGGGUAAAGCCGCCGCUCUGUUGGGCAUGUCCACCUCCUACAUCGUUCCAGUGAAAAACUACUCGUCAGAGCUGGACCUGGAUGUAAACACAGAUGUGCUGCUUCUCAGUGCUGUUGAUCACAUCCUGCAGUAUGCUGACCUGUAUUUCCAGGACAAUGCACCACAGAACAAAGAGCUCAAGACAGCCCUGGAUCUCUGAUUUCUGAGCAUUUAGAUCAGGAGCAUCAUUUAACUGUUCCUGUUUCAAUGUGUUAGAGAAGAGAGUUUUCAUUUGUUACAAAAAUUUGUGUUUCUUUUGUUUUUGACAUUUCAAAAAAAAAGGUGUAAAGGACAUCAAAAUGCUACACACAGGAACCUUAAACAAUCUUGUUUUGUUUCUAAGUGAUAAAACUGACUCUACGCUUUACGUUCUGUAUGUGAGACAGAUUUUUUUUAAUCAGUCUUUGGGCUUCUUUAUUAAAACGUUUUACAUUCACCAA